GCAACCAAACAUCUGGCAAAUAUAGUAAAAGGGAUAUUCUGGUAGGACGUAUGCCUACCAUUAGUUCUGAAUACUGGUGAGGUUUUGAGGGCGAAAUGGCCGUGAUGAUUGGAAUCGCUUUCAGGUGAUCGGUCUCCUGCACUGGAUUCUAAUGCAGCAUGGCUCUAUGCAGGAUCACUUCGGUCUCUAGGAUAUGGCAAUUAUAAGUCUCCAAAAUCUCAAAUGCAAGCGCAACAAACAUCCGGCCGCCAUCCUGCGGAAGGAACUGGCCCCCAUGUCCCAGCAACCUCAGCAAGUGUGGUAUCCAGUUCAAAUGCCCCUGCAUCAGAAGCAACUGGCCGCAGAAGCUCAGCAGCAGAGGCAACCGACCGCCGUGCCCCAGCAAGUGUGGCAUCAAGCUCACAUGCUGACGCAUAAGCAACCGACCGCGGUGCCCCAGCAAGUGUGGCAUCAAGCUCACAUGCUGAUGCAUAAGCAACCGACCGCCGUGCCCCAGCAAGUGUGGCAUAGAGCUCAAAUGCCCCUGCUGCAGAAGAAACUGACCGCCAUGACCCAGCAAGUGUGGCAUCCUCCUCACAUGGCCCUGCAGCAGAAGCAACCGACCGCCGUGCCCCAGCAAGUGUGGCAUCCUGCUCAAAUUCCCCUGCAGCAGAAGCAACCGACCACCGUGCCCCAGCAAGUGUGGCAUCCUGAUCAAAUGCCCCUGCAUGUGGCAUCCUAA